AUGUCUCAAUCUCAGGAUCCAUCCGGAGAUUGUGUUGGUCCAGGCUCCUCGCAAGUGUCUUUCAAAGCAAUACAGCGUAUUCUCCUAUGCAUAAGCUCUAAUCACCUUAAUAUAAAAAGUUUUAUCAAAGCUUUUCUGUCGUCGCAAAAACCCGAACUGGUGAAAGCUCAACACGUAUGGGGCUCCAGUGCAGGCCUGCCUUCAACCGAGAGGAUACUGUGCAAAAUACGAGAUGUUCUAUUGAAAACAAAAGUUGGUCGUAAGUUUUGGGAAGAAUGGGUAUUAUCGCAGGCAGUUUUAUUAGUCAAGAAACAGCAUCCACCAUGCGGCAAGGUGCCCAAAGGCUUCUACAUUGAUGCCUCGGAAGUGACACCAUCGGAUUUCGAUCAUGGCAUUGUAUAUGAACGAGACAUGACACUUGAAAAGUUGAUGCCGUUUCUGUUCAAUUUGAUACAAUCAACCUUUACUCAUAGUGAGGUGGAACGAGUACGCGAGGCGACCGUACGAAAGGCGCGAUUGGAACAAAAACAGGCUGGUGGCAAGACUCCGUUGGAAACACGAUCAGCUAUUGAUGAAAACAUUGACAUCAACUCAGAUGAUGAAUCUGAAGAAAACAUCCAACCUGGAUCCCUUCCUGUUGCGAGUCUUGGUGGACCUGGUGGUUCAAAAGAGGAUGAGGAAUAUAUUGACAGAUUGAAUGGCUACGUCUAUCGCAAGUCAAAAGAUCAUCAAGAGAAUCGAAAGACUCGACAUCGCUCAGUUGCACGAACUAUUUGUUCCAUGAUUUCAAAUGUCUGUAAUCGACGUGUUAACACACUCCAAGUGGAAAACGGACUCACUAUGCUGGCUCUCAACGGUUAUCUCAACUAUAUUGGCCUCUCGGUCAAUCGGAGGACAGCAAUCAAUGCGUUGGAGCAUCUAGGACAAGAGUUGAAGAAGAAGAUAGUCGAUGUCAUGGGAAAGGAUACUUCGCUAGCACCAUUCAUUACGCUGGACAACAUCGACUUCCAACAACACAUCCAUACUUCCACUGUCGAGCGAGAGAGCACAAUGUGGCAUGGGUCAUGGGGCUAUAUCCAUCAACCAACAAUACCAGAAGGUAUUUCAAUCAAGGCGGAAGAUUUCACGUCUGAGAAGUUGAAGGCGAUCUUGGACGAAUCACAGACGAAACCUAUUGAUCUUGCCAAAAUUCUACCGACUCCGACCGAGAUUUCAGACUGGGAACUCACUCUCAAGUCGCAAAUUUCAGUAGCUCUUGUCAAAUAUGUUGCAAAACCCAUCGAGGGCAAACAAGUUCCAUACCAACAUCUGCCCGCUGUGCGACCCCUUCCGGCCAAGAAACCAGACAUCAUGAUGCUCAAGAUGAUGUCAGCUUUGGAUAACUCGACUUCAGGGGUAGGAGAGUUGUAUAAUUCUGUAUUAAAUCAGACUGGUUUGUCAAGAGAGAAGUAUGCUAGUCGUGCGCAAGUCUGGGAGGGUGAUUUGGGAACAGCACGUAUAGUUGCAAGUGUCGUCGAUGAACGAGAUCCGUGUUCUAGAAAAGAGCGAGUUAAUAUGACACCUGAGAAGAUGAAGCUUGUUAUAGAUCAAACAUACAAUGAAUAUUUUGGGCCAGAGGCCAUUCAGAACGCCAAGAAUACCGCCGAUCAGAAACACCUUUGA